AUGUUGAAGCUUUUCACUGACGAGGCUCAGGGUUUGAGAGUUGACCCAUUGGUCGUGUUGUUUUUGGCUGUUGGUUUCAUCUUCUCUGUUAUUGUGUUGCACGUCAUUGCCAAGCUCACCGGUAAGUUCACUUCCUAG